ACGGGCUUUAGUUCCGUCAUGAAGCGAAAGGUUUUGCUUAUGGGCGCCUCUGGGAGCGGCAAGACGUCGAUGCGGUCUCUUAUCUUCGCCAACAACCCUGCUUCGUUGACCUCCCGCCUGGGCGCGACUAUCGACGUCGAACAGAAUCACGUUAGAUUUCUCGGUGACCUCAUACUCAAUCUCUGGGACUGUGGCGGGCAAGACGCGUUUAUGGAUUCGUACCUCACCACCCAGCGCUCCACAAUAUUUCAGCAAGUCGGGGUACUUAUCUACGUCUUCGAUGUCGAGUCGCAAGAGAUGCACAAAGACCUUGAAUACUACCGGGACUGUCUGGAGGGGCUGCGGCAGUAUAGCCCGAAUGCUGCCGUGUUUCUGCUGGUCCACAAGAUGGAUUUGGUCCGCGACAAGGGGGUCACCUUUGACCGCAAGAAGCAGGAGCUGAAGGAGCAGAGCGAUAAAGGAUACCCCCGACCAACGGCCAUAACGGUCUUUGGAACGAGUAUCUAUGAUGAAAGUCUCUAUCGCGCAUGGUCAAGCAUUGUCCACACAUUAAUACCCAAUGCGGCAGUCCUCUCGAAACACCUCACAAUGUUUGCAGCGGCCUGCUCAGCCACCGAAGUCAUCCUCUUUGAACGAACAACAUUUCUUGUCAUCGCGACAAGCACUGCGCGCCCCAACGCCACCGACUCGCAAUCGGAUCUAGACCCGACACGUUACGAGCGCACUUCGGAGCUAAUCAAGGCAUUUAAGCAUUCAUGCUCCCGUGUUCGCGAGGAAUUCCAUUCACUUGAAAUGGAGCUGCCUGAGUUCACGGCAGUCUUGGACGAAAUGACGAAGAACACAUACGUCUUGAUUGUGGUACACGACCCAACAAUAGAAACCGCUGCACUCAAGUUCAACGUUCGCAUGGCCAAGAAGAAGUUUGAGGAGCUGCAGGGACUGACGUAG